AUGAUAAGACUUGAAAUUUCGGUGGAAGCAAUGAAAAAGGAAAUUGAAGAGUCACAGAACCUAGUAACGACAACUCUUAGUAAUCUACAGACAGAAAGAAGCACAUGGGAGAAGACACUACUGACUAUGAAAGACGCAAGCAUUACAGCAUUAGACACUGCCAUUCAAGAGACAAAAACACAAGUUCAAGAGGAACUAAACGUACUAGCGGCAGAGAAAGAAAGAUGGAAUAAAGAACUAAAGGAGUGCGUGAAAAUGCCAGAGGUCGUUUUAUUCUCUGCAAGACGUCCCAAACAUAACACACUAACAAGCGGACAAACAGUGAUUUUCACAGAGAUCAUCUUAAAUAAAGGCGAAGCUUACAACAAAGAAAAUGGUGUAUUUACCGCUCCUUAUACUGGCGCAUAUACGUUUACUGUACAAUUCUGUGUGUAUCCUGGAAAGAAUGUUGAUUUUGCUUUCAUGGCCAAUGACACGCCUUUUAAGAUAACACGGAUACAUAGACACAGUAGUGGUUAUUUUGCCUGCCGCAGUUUUGAUGCCAUGACCAUUGUUAAUAAGAAUGAGAUUGUGAAAAUUAAGAUUGUAUCCUGUAGUUCGGAAAUCAUACUGAGUGAGAGCAAUACACAUCAUUGGAACACAUUCUCAGGUCGUUUUAUUCAAGCGAUUUAG